UUCAAGCGGCCUGACCUUUCACGAGACAGAGAGAGUGGAGCGAAGGGAAAGUCGAUUAUCGCCCAGAUCUACCCAUCGAUUCGUUCAUUGUACGCGACAUUUUCUAGUCAGUGCAAUAGUCUGCGCAAACAUAGUCCAGUUCUGCAAAGCAACGCGUGGAGUAGGACGUGGCCCGUUUUGUUCGGAGGUUUGUUAAGUCCAGAAAAAGGGGCGACUGCAAAUCGUUGCUGUGGCAACACGUGGACAGUGACCUCAGCGACCGCCGAGAACCGAUUCACCUUCAGUCGCCUUCUAGUGGAAUCAACAGCGACGUGGAUCACCCGCGACGGGCCCCCGGAGCCCGUGUCAUCCAACCGCCGGCGCUCCGACAAGCUGGUGGAGCCGUACGAGAGCCGGUGCGUGCACCAGGGCGGCAUUUGCCGCUACGCGCGCGACUGCCCCAAGGGCCAGCUCACGUCCACCAAGGGCCUCUGCCCCGAGCAACAGAAGCACGGCGUCGAGUGCUGCUACGCCCGACCGACUUCCAACAACACCAAGCCCCGCAAGAGUAGAAACAGCCAAUACAGGAGACACCAACGCCGAUACAAUUCCAGAACUGGCAGGAACGAACAUCCAUCUGAAAGGAAGAUGGGAUGAAAUGUACAAUAUUAUAUAUUUUGUGUUUCUGCAUGUCGUUAAUUAAUUAUGAAUGUGUGUAAAUUGAUUAUGUAGAUAAGGAUGUGUAUGUAUUAUAAUUUUAUUACCAAUAAAUGACGUUAAAAUAUAAUGAA